AUGAAAGCGACAUGGUGUGGAUCCUAUGGAAGAGGCCACUCGCCGUAUAGUUUGCAUGACACGAGGCCUGAAGGGAAUGACGGAAAGUUAGGAAAGGGGCAAGGUGUCGGUGUGGGUCUGUGGGGUGUUAUGCCAGAAAAGUGUGCAAUACCUUGGAACCCUUUCAAGAUGAGACAGUUCAAAGCUACGGAUAUGAUAAAUUACAUACUUGUUGAUUUUCAGUUCUUAUCUGUUGAUUGA